AUGGAGGCCUACGCCCUUGCCAACGGGGGAAAGUCAGUAUUUCAAGUACUGGGCUCAGACCCUGAGGCAGCGAAGCGUUUUGCGGGCGGGGCGAAAGCGCUAGAUCAUGUGCCGGGUUGCGGAGACGCUUUUGUUGCCACAUUCUACAAUUGGGCUUCCCUCGGUGAUGUACGCAUCGUGAACGUGGGUGGGCAACGAGGAUCAGUCGCGAUUGACCUGGCAAAUAAGUUUGAGAACCUCAAGCUGCUUGUCCAGGAUUCGGCAGCGGUUAUCGACGGCGCCGACGCGGCCGUCCCCGAAUCAUUGAAAGAGCGCGCCAAGUUCAUGCCACACGAGCUCUUUGAAACUCAGACGGAGCAAGCAGACGUCUAUUUCUUUCGUAUGAUCCUCCGUUCUUGGACCGAUCAGAAGGCUAUCAAAAUCUUGCAAGCUCAGAUUCCCGCCCUUCGACCCGGAGCAAAGAUCCUCAUUCAGGAUGCAGUCCUGCCAGCGCUGGGCAGUGAUAGUCCAUUAUGGAGAGAGCGACUUUUGAGUUCUACUUCAACAGCUACGACAGAACAUCUGGACGAAUGGAAAGCGCUUCUCACAGCGGCAGAUCAGCGAUUCGUCCUUCAUCGGGUAAUUGAGAGUAAUGAAUCAAACCUGUCGAUCCUUGAAGUUCACUGGGAUGCAUGGGAGCUGUCUUGGUGUGAGCUGGAGCAGCAAUCCUACCUGAAUGCGGUGAUCUACGAGGGUCUUCGGUUGUCGUACGGGAUGUCCUCGCGUCUUACGUUGGUCCCACGUAACGAGAACCUCUACUACCAGAACGGAGGCUACCAAUACGUCGUCCCCCGAGGCACCGCCAUAGGCAUGAGUGCGUCUAUAGCGCACCACGACGAGAACGUGUUUCCUAACUCGUAUGAGUUUGUACCCGAGCGCUGGAUCGAUGACCGCGGACAGAAGAACAAGGCGCUGGAGAAAUACAUGACUUGUUUCGGCAGAGGAACUCGCCAAUGCCUUGGCAUGAACCUUGCAUUCUGCGAGCUUUACCUCAUCGUGGCGGCUAUGGUUCUCCGUUCCAUUUCAUGUAUGGAGAUAUACGAUAGUAAAUGGGAUGAUAUUGCCUACGACUACGAUAUGCUGACGCCACAGCCGAAAAAGGGUGCACGCGCACUUCGCGUCAAGAUCACCUUGAUCGAUGUCAACGCGAAGGCGAUGAAAGAAUAA